CUGGUUAUAAAUUGUCAAUCUUUUCAUGUGGCCUAAAUUCUUCAAGGAGCCACUCAUAUAGCAAUUGAGACUCUAAUCAUUAUUACUACCUCACUAUCAUGCACCACCACAACAAACCACCAUGCCUCACCACCGCCACCGAAUCCUCCUCAUACCAUAUCCAGUACAAGGCCACAUAAACCCAACCUUCCAAUUCGCAAAAAGACUUGUUGCUUUAGGUGCACACGUUACUCUCUCUACCACCCUACACAUGCACAACCGCCUCACCAACAAACCCACCCUCCCUAACCUCUCCUACCUCCCCUUCUCUGAUGGCUACGACGACGGCUUCAAAGCCACCGGUACCGAGAAUUACUUACACUACUCAUCAGAACUCACGCGCUGCGGCUCUGAAUUUAUCAAAAAUCUCAUACUCAAAAACUCACAAGAAGGUAAACCCUUCACUUUUUUAGUUCACUCCAUCUUACUUCAAUGGGCUGCAAAGACAGCGCGUGAGUUUCACCUCUCGACAGCGUUGCUUUGGGUUCAACCAGCCACUGUGUUUGACAUCAUAUAUCACUACUUUCACGGACACUCUGAUUCAAUCAAAAACCCCUCAUGUUCGAUUGAAUUACCGGGAUUGCCAUUGUCCCUAUCUCCACGUGACCUACCCUCGUUUCUAUUGGAGUCAUGUCCAACUCCUUACUCUAUAAUGCGUUCAUUCUUUGAAGAACAGUUUAAAGACCUUGAUGUAGUAGAAACAAACCAAACAGUACUUGUUAACUCAUUUGAAGAAUUGGAACCAGAAGCAUUUAGAGCCUUUGAAAAUUUAAACAUGAUUUCCAUUGGACCGUUGAUUCCUUCUGAUUUUUUGGACAAGAAAUUAGAUCCAACGGAGGAUAAUAAAUUUGGUGGUCAAAUUCAUAUCUUCCAACCUUCUGAUUAGGGGUGGCAAUAUGAUCCAUAAGAUCCAU